AUGGCGGCCCUUCCCGGCACCGUACCCAGGAUGAUGCGCCCGGCGCCCGGGCAGAACUACCCCCGCACCGGCUUUCCUCUGGAAGUGUCUACACCACUUGGCCAAGGCCGGGUCAACCAGCUUGGUGGGGUCUUCAUCAACGGACGACCCCUGCCCAACCACAUCCGCCACAAGAUAGUGGAGAUGGCCCACCAUGGCAUCCGGCCCUGUGUCAUCUCCCGCCAGCUGCGUGUGUCCCACGGCUGUGUCUCCAAGAUUCUCUGCCGCUAUCAGGAGACCGGGUCCAUCCGGCCUGGGGCCAUCGGGGGCAGCAAGCCCAGACAGGUAGCGACUCCGGAUGUGGAGAAAAAGAUCGAGGAGUACAAGAGAGAAAACCCAGGCAUGUUCAGCUGGGAGAUCAGAGACCGGCUGCUGAAGGACGGGCACUGUGACCGCAGCACCGUGCCCUCAGGUUUAGUGAGUUCGAUUAGCCGCGUGCUCAGAAUCAAGUUCGGGAAGAAAGAGGAAGAGGAUGAAGCCGACAAGAAGGAGGAGGACGGCGAGAAGAAAGCCAAGCACAGCAUCGAUGGCAUCCUGGGCGACAAAGGGAACCGGCUGGAUGAAGGCUCGGACGUGGAGUCGGAGCCUGACCUCCCUCUGAAGCGCAAGCAGCGCCGGAGUCGGACCACCUUCACGGCUGAGCAGCUGGAGGAGCUGGAGAAGGCGUUUGAGAGGACCCACUACCCGGACAUCUACACCCGCGAGGAGCUGGCGCAGAGGACCAAGCUCACUGAGGCGCGUGUCCAGGUCUGGUUCAGCAAUCGCCGUGCCCGUUGGCGGAAGCAGGCAGGAGCCAACCAGCUGGCAGCGUUCAACCAUCUUCUGCCAGGGGGCUUCCCGCCCACCGGCAUGCCCGCGCUGCCCCCCUAUCAGCUGCCGGACUCCACCUACCCCACCACCACCAUCUCCCAGGAUGGAGGCAGCACCGUACACCGGCCCCAGCCCCUCCCGCCGUCCACCAUGCACCAGGGGGGGCUGGCCGCCGCUGCUGCGGCCGCCGACACCGGCUCUGCCUACGGAGCCCGCCACAGCUUCUCCAGCUACUCAGACAGCUUCAUGAACCCGGCGGCGUCCUCCAACCACAUGAACCCCGUCAGCAACAGCCUGUCUCCCCAGGUCAUGAGCAUUCUGGGCAACCCCAGCGCGGUGCCGCCACAGCCGCAGGCCGACUUCUCCAUCUCCCCGCUGCACGGCGGUCUGGACCCGGCCACCUCCAUCUCAGCCAGCUGCAGCCAGCGGGCCGACUCCAUCAAGGCGGGAGACAGCCUGCCCACCUCCCAGUCCUACUGCCCGCCCACCUACAGCACCAGCGGCUACGGCGUGGACCCCGUGGCUGGCUACCAGUACGGCCAGUACGGCCAGACUGCUGUUGAUUACCUGGCCAAAAACGUGAGCCUCUCCACACAGCGUCGCAUGAAGCUCGGGGAGCACUCUGCUGUGCUGGGACUCCUGCCUGUGGAAACCGGCCAGGCCUACUAA